AUGUCGAAUCUUAAGAUAGCAAUCAUCGGAGCAGGACCUGCAGGAUGCCUCUUAGCACGCCUCUUACACCUAGCCAACAUCGAAGCAACCGUCUUCGAAAGUGAAGCCUCACCAAACUUCCGAUCACAAGGCGGAAGUCUGGAUCUGCACACAGACACGGGGCUAGCCGCGCUCAAGGAAGCAGGUCUCUUUGACCAGUUCCUCAAGCACGCGCGCUACGACGGCCAGUACAUGGCCAUCGUCGACAAGAACAACAAGUCCUGGUUCGUCAACUCCGCGACAGGGUUCGGUAGCACGGUGCAGGAGCGGCCGGAGAUUGACCGGCCCAAGUUGCGUGAGAUUCUUACGGCGUCUCUUCCGCCGAAUAUGAUCAAAUGGGGUCACAGGCUGAGAGAAGUCAGAGAAGAUAGCAGUCUCGUGUUUGAACAUACCACUGUUGGUGGAUUUGAUUUGGUUGUAGGCGCGGACGGGGCUUGGAGUAAGGUCCGCAGGCUUCUGGCGCCGGAUAUCAAGCCUCUGUGGACGGGAAUCAUGUUAUACGGCAUGAGCAUCCCGAAUGCGGCCGAGACGGCGCCUGAGGUCUACAAGCUCGCCAACAGAGGUAGUUUGUUUGCCAACAGCGACGGCAAGCGUCUGUCGAUUCAACAGAUGGGUGAUGGCAGCCUGAGUAUAUAUGCGUCGAGCACAGGCGGCGGGGAGGACUGGGCGUCCCCCGAGGUCUGCGGGUAUGAUCCGCACGACCUCGAGGCAGUCAAGAAGGUGCUCUUGGUCUUAUAUCAGGACUGGGCUCCGGAGCUCACCGAGGCGAUCACCAAGGCUGCUGGUGACUGCACGCCGAGGUCACUUUAUAUGCUACCCGUAGGCUUCACGUGGCCGCAUCGGCGCGGUGUGACGGCCAUUGGAGAUGCGGCUCACUUGAUGACGCCCUUUGCAGGAGAGGGGGUCAACGUUGCGCUCGAGGAUGCGAUGAAGCUAGCCAGAGCCAUCAUCAGCGCCGUCGCUGAGGGCGGCGGUGCAGGUGCAGGUGCAGAUCCAGCCGACUAUCUAGACAAAAGGAUCGAGGCGUUCGAGAAGGAAAUGUUCCCGCGCAUGGAAAAGGUGCAGCGGUUGACGGACGAGCUCAUGCACGACUGGAUGUUCACGCCGGGCUCGCCGCGAACGACCAUCGCGACGUCGAUAGCGAGGCAUGCCAAGUUCGAGACGCCGCGGGUGUUGCAUCCGUUGGCGAGUGCCAUGGUACACUCGUUCUUUUUCAUGCGCAGGAUGCUGGUGUCUUAG